AUGGGUAAGGAUCAAGAAACCAAGGAUGGAGACAAGUCCAACUCUUCCAGUCCUUUUUUCAUUCACCAUUCUGACCAUCCAGGCAUGGUCAUCACUUCCAAACCUCUCAAUGGGAACAACUAUGCAACUUGGUGCCGCUCCAUUAGUAUCUCUCUUAGUGCCAAGAACAAGUUCGGUUUUGUCGAUGGUACCGUUAAGAUGCCAUCGGCAAAGACUCAUCAUGAUGACUUUUCUCUUUGGAAACGUUGCAACGACAUGGGAAAGAUUUUCCCAAAGCAACGCCCCCAGAAUUUUUCAGAUUCAACGGGACCUCUCUUCGCUCACUCAAGACUAGCUGUCUAUUGCGGCAAAUUGAAAGCACUAUGGGACGAGUUAGCAUCUUACAGCGACCUUCCAUCUUGCACUUACGGCGCCAUGAAGAAACAUGUCGAACGAGAGGAGCAGAAUGCGCUGAUGCAAUUCCUUAUGGGAUUGAAAGAAUCUGUUAGCGCCGUGCGUGGUCAAAUCCUGCUUAUGCAGCCCCUGCCUUCCAUGCUCAAAGCUUAUUCCUUGAUCUGUCAAGAGGAGAAACAACGAGAGUUGGGUUCUUCUUCUUUACCUAUCGAGCAUGCAGCCAUGACGGUACGCCAAGAUCAGAAAACUUCUAAUCCAGGGAGGAAGCCGUUGCACUGUACAUACUGUGAUGUAGAUCAUCACACUAAGGAGAUUGAGACCGCCAUGCCUAAUCUGUCUGCAAGACAGUCCCAACAAGUUUAUGCCAUGCUGAACACCAAUCAUGCUGAGCAGCACAAUCCUCAAGUCCAUGACACUAAUUCCACCUCAGAUUGGGCAGGUUGCCCAACCACUCGUAGGUCCACAACUAGGUAUUGUGUGUUUUUUGGUAGCUCAUUGAUUUCUUGGAGAACGAGGAGACAGAAAACCGUAUCUCUUUCUUCCGCAGAAGCCGAAUACAGAGCCAUGGCCGGAGCAUGCUGCGAGCUCUCUUGGCUACGAAGUCUCUUGCGAGAUUUGCAGCUACCACAUCCUGAACCAGCCCUGCUGCAUUGCGACAAUCGUGUUGCAUUACAUAUAGCAGCCAAUCUGGUCUUCCAUGAGAGAACAAGACACAUUGAAAUGGACUGCCACUUCAUUAGAGACAAGAUAAAAGACGGAUUGAUCAUUACAAGGCAUGUCACAUCUUCACAACAGAUUGCUGACGUGUUUACCAAACCCUUGGGUAAAGAUGCGUUCUCAAUCAUGUUGCACAAGUUGGGAGUUCUUGACAUCCACUCUCCAACUUGA